ACAACUUGGUUUCAUUUCCAGUUUUCAGUUGCGCGACGACUUGCAUUGCGAGCGGACGUGUUAAAAACGGUUCGGAUGUGAAGUGAUUGUCGGAAACGGAGCCAUAGAAAACUCAACGAACGUCGAAUUAUUUAAGUGCGUGAGUGUGUGUGCGAGUAGUGUACAAGUGUGCGCGUAUCGCGAAUAAUUCGCCUGCAGCACCCGUUACGACCAAGUAUUUAAGUAUUUUGGAUUGCGAUUGGAAUUGGUGCCGUUAACUCCGCGCGCGCGGUCCUUGUUUUCAUUGAGUGUUGUUGUUGCUUUUUGAUUAAAGGCCCAACCCCCUUCCAGCGUUCCUUUGAAAGUCGCGUAAGAAUAAAAGCAAAAGAAAAAAGGAAAGCCAAACAAAAACAAAGCUGUAGCAACAACAACAAAAACAACAGUAGAAGAAGUGUUGCCUCUCUGUCUGUCUGUGUGCCAAGUGAUAGCUAAAAAUUGUUGUUGCUUGCGGUAUUUUGGAAAUUAAAUUAUGUUAAGUGCAUAAAUCGUCGAUGCAGCAGCCCCAAAAACAACAACAACAGAAGGAGCAGAAGAAAAAGUGAAGUGAAACACCAAGGUGUAAAAGCCAGAGAAGUAAAAGAGUUGAAGUUCAAGUAGAAGCAGAAGCUGAAACCAACAACUACAAGAACAACAACAACAAAAGAAACGGAACAACUGGAACUACACACAAGCUUGCAUACAUAUUGCCAAAGAGCUCGAGAACUAAAUAAGUUGCAAUGUGAAGAGCGGCUCUCGGCUUUAGAACAAGUGAAAAUCGCGUGGAAGCCAAAAACUGAAAUCGAAAAACAACAAGUAAAAAGUAAAAAGUGCUGAGAAACUUGUCGAGCAGCCGAGCCCCGAAGGAAGCCCAGAAGCAUCUGCUGUGACGAUUGACAAGACAGAAACAAAAGCAAAAUUCGAGGAAGAGGAAAAGGAAGUGAAGGUGGAAGUGGAAGUGGAUGAGGCAACAGCCAAAGCCACAACGACGGCAAGUGGCAAGAGUUUGACAAGUGGCACAAGUGCCACAACUGGCAGCACCCCAAAAGCACGCAGCUAGUUUUUCUAACCUCUCCAGCUGCUCUCCCCUGGUUCAUCUUCAGCUGACAGUCCAUGGCCGCGUAGCUUUUGUAUGCGGCUCACAUGCCAUGGCCAGGCAACAUCCACAGCAACCUCAACAACAACAGCAACAGCAACAUCAACAGCAAAGGCAAUAAGAAGAAGCCAAGUGGGUGGAGCGUCAACGCGAAGAAGAACAAUAGCAACAUUUCAGGCGCUAUGUGCUGGCCAAAUACCGCAACGAAACGUCGCCAGCAAACGAAAUAGAGCAUCGACAAGGACGCGCCAAGCACUCGCCGAGCAUUUGGCCAAAAGGAGCAGCUGUGUUGCAGUGCCACACAUGUGUUUCUUUGCUGCCACAAGGACGUCCUUAAGCGCAGACACCGCAGCAUCAACAGCAGCAUUCGAAAUAGACGCAGUUGAAGCGUCAGCAACGUCAGCCGCAUCAGCGGGAGCAGGAAGAUCCAGCGCAUUAGCCUAAAAGGAGGAGAAGUCGAGUAGAGUAGAGUCUUCAAUCGCAGCAUGCGCAAACACAAAGUGCCGCCCAGCGGCCACCCGAGUUGCAGUCCAAAUCCGAGUCCAAGGACAAUGACAAUGGCAACUGGAGACAACGAGACAAACACAGCGACACCCACAACGACAUCCACAGCGUCGUCAUCCACAGCAUCCACAGUCGAAAUGGAACAGCAACGCAUGCUGCUUGGCCAUGCCAGCGAUGCUGAUGCUGCCACCACAUCAACGGCAACAGCAACAGCAACUACAACUGCAGCCACAACUAGUCGCCUUGCAGCGCCCUCGACAGCCAGCUGUCAGCAGCGAUCGGCGCCACGAGCAAGUGCAGCCAGUUGCAAGGAGCGGCCGCGCUACACAGUCCAGCUCAUGACCUUGCUGCACAUCGCCUGCUACGUGCUCUGUCUGUGCGCCUUCAGCUUCGCCCUGUACGCGAAUGUGCGACAGACUCGCCUCGAGCAGCGGCUGCAGCGAUUGCAGCAGCUGGACGCACGCAUCGUUGAGCUGGAGCUGCGCCUGGAGCAGCAACAACUCAUCCACUGGCCUGCAGAGCAGGCCCAGAUCAUCGCCAGUCCCAAGAGCAACGAGAACGUAUCCUCAGACCAUUUGGCGCUGCAUGUGCGCCGCGAGCUGCAUCGCCUGCGUCGCGAUGUUUCCCACCUGCAACUGACACGACGCCAGCAGCGGCGACAGGCAGCGGAGGCAGCUGCAGCUGCUGCUUCGGCAGCUGGACAAGGAGGAAGCCCAGGAGCAGGUGCAGGUGGCAAUGGAGAGUGUCAGUGCCUGGCAGGUCCUCCAGGUCCCCCCGGCCCGCCCGGCAAGCGAGGGAAGCGCGGCAAGAAGGGAGAUGCCGGCGACAAGGGCGAAGCGGGUCUGAACGGCAUCAGCGGGGAGAAGGGUGCCGCUGGCAAACCCGGCGACAAGGGACAGAAGGGCGACACUGGCCACCCGGGCGUCGAUGUCUUCCAAACAGUCAAGGGACUGAAGAGAUCGGUGACAACGCUGCAUGGCGGCACGUUGGGCUAUGCGGAAAUUGUUGCUGUUAAGGACUUGCAAGAAGCGGGCGUUAACGUAUCCGCUUCGACGGUCAUACAGCUCAAGGGCGAACCAGGCGAGCCCGGACCGCCAGGACCACCAGGCGAAGCAGGCCUUCCAGGCGUGCCUGGCGAGCGUGGACCCCCCGGCGGAACUGGACCGCAGGGACUGCAGGGCGAGGUCGGCCAAGCAGGACCCGUUGGACCGCCUGGAGUGGCGGGUGCACCUGGCACAAAGGGUGACAAGGGCGAUCGCGGUGAUCGCGGACUCACCACAACAAUCAAGGGUGACGAGUUCCCUACGGGCAUCAUCGAGGGUCCGCCGGGACCUCCAGGACCACCUGGUCUGCCCGGAAUGCCCGGAGAGAGGGGCGAGGUGGGAUCCAUCGGACCUGCCGGACCGCCUGGAGAGAAAGGACCUCGCGGCAAGCGGGGCAAGCGGAUAUUUGGACCAGGCGGCACCAAAUUGGAGGAAGACUACGACGAGCCGCCAGUCACACUGUUGCGCGGUCCACCCGGACCACCAGGCAUCUCAGGCAAGGACGGACGUGACGGACGCGAUGGCAGCAAGGGCGAACCCGGAGAACCUGGCGAACCAGGCUCGUUGGGUCCACGUGGUCUGGAUGGCUUGCCUGGCGAGCCUGGUAUUGAGGGACCGCCAGGAUUGCCGGGCUACCAGGGACCGCCAGGUGAGAAGGGCGAUCGUGGAGACAUCGGUCCACCUGGUCUGAUGGGUCCGCCUGGUUUACCAGGACCACCCGGAUAUCCUGGCGUCAAGGGAGACAAGGGCGACCGUGGAGACUCAUACCGUAAGAUGCGGCGUCGGCAGGACGAAGGCAUGGCCGAUGCGCCCCAUAUGCCCACCAUUGAAUACCUGUAUGGUCCCCCUGGGCCACCUGGUCCCAUGGGUCCGCCUGGACACACUGGAAGCCAGGGCGACCGCGGCUUGGAUGGACGCAAGGGUGAUCCUGGCGAAAAGGGACACAAGGGCGAUCAAGGACCCAUGGGCUUACCUGGUCCAAUGGGCAUGCGCGGCGAAUCAGGACCUUCUGGUCCUGCGGGCAAAGCCGGAAUUCCGGGUCCGCCUGGGUUGGAUGGCAUGAAGGGUGCCCAGGGCGAGACGGGUCACAAGGGAGAGCGUGGCGAUCCAGGAUUGCCGGGCACCGAUGGUAUUCCUGGCCAGGAAGGGCCACGCGGCGAGCAGGGCUCACGAGGUGAUGCUGGGCCGCCGGGUAAGCGGGGACGCAAAGGAGAUCGCGGCGACAAGGGCGAACAGGGCGUGCCCGGCCUGGACGCACCCUGUCCGCUGGGCGUAGACGGGCUGCCGUUGCCGGGCUGCGGUUGGCGGCCGCCAAAGGAGCCCAUCAUCUCAACGCCCAUGCACAAGGAUUACUUGCCAGAUGUAACGCAGCCGGAGAGCAAUGCCAGCGAUUACGAGCAGGAGGAAGACGAGGAGGAGGAGCAGGCCGAGGAUAAUGAAAACGAAUAUGAUGAAUAUCAGGAAAAUUUGCAUAACAAUGACUAAAAAUGGAUAGCGCAAGAGUCAGACGCAGAGCCAAAGAGAGACAGAGAGAGAGAGAGAGAGAAUCAGAGCCGGAGGCAGAGUCAGAUCCAGAGAGAGGCAAACCCAGAGCUAAAUCGACAAAGCGCAAACAUAAACUCAGACACUGAAACACAGCCAAAGCAAAUAGAUUCCCUACACACAAACACACACUCACACACACUCAGGACAGACUGACUGACUGACAGACAGAGGAACAGAAUGGCACGCACUGGAUAGCACUCGUCGUAUAGUUAAGCAUUUCCGAUUUCCGCUGCGAACUUGGCUCUGUUUCGCCUCCGUCUGUUGACAUAUGCAAUUAGCGCUAACCAAUGUAAAGUGGCUGGCUGCUGCCCCCAAACUACGUCUAACUACUGUAUAUUCUAUUAGCAUACGCACACUCACACUUCCCCCAACAAAAACACACACACACACACACACACACAUAGUUCCCCUCUUAGAAUAACUAAACUCACAUUCACACUUAAACACUCGUAGUUAGUCGUCUCGUAUGUUAAACUCGUAAUAUCGUAUCGUAUCGUUUCUAUUGGUUUGGCUUGGUGUUGGAAUCGCUUUGUUUCUUGGUAUCUCCUUUUGCACUAUGCUUUUCUUGCUAUAGAAUUAUGUUUCU